CGGCGGAAGUGCGAGCCAGUCCUUCCCCGCAGAUCACAGAGGCUGAACCCUUUCCCAAGCCGCGCCUCUGCUCCUCCUCCGCUGCGCUCCUCCUCCGCGCUCGGCUCCUCCGGGCUCUCCUCUUCUCACCGUCUCUGGACUUGACACCUCGCUGCGGUACGUGGAUGUUUCGACCGGUGAUCGCGCUGCUGUUGACGGCCGGGCUCUGCUGCGGUCCUCCGGGGAGCGAGGCAGCGCAAUACCGGCAACUCAACGACCGGCCCAUCAUUGGUAUUUUGGCCCAAGAGAACCUUCCAAAAGAUCCCUCUCCACACGGCACCUCCUAUAUCGCCGCAUCAUAUGUCAAAUAUAUAGAGAGCGCUGGAGCCAGGGUGGUCCCAAUAAGAAUAAACAGAACAGACGUGGAGUAUGUAAAGCUAUUCAACUCUAUCAAUGGGUUAUUGCUGCCAGGGGGCGACGUUAAUAUUGAGACUUCACAGUUCACACAAACCGCCAAGACUUUCUACAAAUUGGCAAUAAAGGCGAACGAUGCGGGGGACUACUUCCCGGUGUGGGGCACCUGUCAGGGCUUCCAGCAACUCAGUGUGCUGACGGCCAACAAGAACCUGCUGACUCACACAGACACUGAGGCUGUAGCUCUGCCUCUCUCCUUCACCCCAGUGGCCCAGACAAGUCGGCUGUUCAGACACUUCCCUAAGGGCCUCCUCCAUACGCUGUCUCAGGAAAACAUCACCGGCAACUUCCACUCAUGGAGCCUGUCUAUGCUGAAUUACAGCAGAAAUGCCAACCUCAAGAGGUUUUACAAGGUCCUGUCCACCAACACAGACGGGAAGCUAGAAUUCAUCUCCACUAUGGAAGCCUACCGUUACCCGUUCUAUGCUGUGCAGUGGCAUCCAGAGAAAAGCCCCUUUGAGUGGAUCAACAAACCCGGCAUGGCCCACUCUGCCUCUGCUGUCCAGACCUCCUUCUACACUGCCAGCUUCUUUGUCUCGGAAGCCAGGAAAAACCAGCACAGGUUUUCCAGUAAAGACGAGGAGGAGAAGGCUCUCAUCUACAACUAUACCCCAUAUUUUAAAUCAAGCGACUUCUACUUUGUGCAGAACUACUACUUCGACUGAUAUGAGCUACUUAUCAAAAUAAAACACAAAUUACGCUCACCAAAACUUAAUGUAUAUGCAAUGCUUUUUUUUUUUUUUUUCUUUUGUUGAACGCCCCAAUCGACCUACAGUGUCUUAAUUAAAGGCUCAGUACCUGACUGUCUUACAAAUGUGCAAAACAAAACUAGCUCAUUUUAAACGGUUUGCAGUGGUCCAAAGUUAUUCCUCACUUACCUUUCGCAUUCCAAGAGAAGACUUAACGAUCAGAGGGCAACAACUAGCAUGCUAACGGGGCACUUCCUCAUAAGCGGACAAUAAAAAGCUUUUUAAUUCAAUACAGACAGCAUGCAGUGGACUUAUUUUGACCUCAAGAGCUGCUACCUGUAGAGACGUAAGACAAAAUUUGCUCAAAUACAUGGGGAAAAAAGUCAGGUACAGAGCCUUUGAAAACAAUACAGAAAAUGUACAUUAAACAGAAGAAUGUUUUGUCUUUUCAUAAUCAAUACAACCUCACUACACAGUCACAUCACAACCAUAUCAUAUGAACAAUAGAAUUUUCAUAUUUGCACAGUAACUCAACAGAGCCCUAUUUUCCUCCUUCAGAUCAUUAAAACUGCACUAUGUAACUUUUUUGGUCUAGGGUCCGUCAACUGUUUGUCGCCAUGGUGAUUAUUAUUAUUGCUUUGCCUGGAAUGUUUCACAGUAUGACGUUAAACUUAACCAUCGUGCAUUUAUCCAGUUACAGGUGUGUUAUUUGACAUACAUUGAAAAUUGUCUUACUCCAUAGAUCUGGCGGUGGCACAUGCUUGUUUCCAUGGAGAUAGAUGAGUUAAAUACCACUGUAGAACAUUCUAGCCAACACAAAGACAUCUCCAUGGAGACAAGGAGGUGACGGACCCUUGACCUUUAACUGAAUGUACUGAAACGUUCUUGAUGUGUGUUAUAAUCUAUCUGACUGUCUGGUUUGAUGUUUUCAGUUUGUUUGGCAAAUAAUGUAAAUAAAUGUAAUGUAAUAAAUAUAUCAACUUAUUUGAAUGGAAGUAUUAAAAGGAUUCUUGCAGUA